AUCACAUGAGUAACAAGUGAAGGCGUAACCAACCCAGAUACAUUUCAUGGGCAUAGCCGGGAGUUGAGGAAGAAGUUUUUUUUUAUUAAACUUUGAACGACGGGGAAGUAUAGUGUUAAUAAUGAAGUUCUGUGGACCAAAGCUGUCACUCUGUGGACUUAUUAUAAGCGUGUGGGGUAUCAUACAACUUGUACUUAUGGGUAUAUUUUAUUAUGUACGGAGUGUGGCAUUGGCAGAUGAUCUUCCUGGUGUGGAAAAGGAAUUUGAGAAUCUUAGCGAGUUCUAUGCUGCUGCUGAUGCAGGGUACUUGCAGAAUGCCUACAACUGUUGGAUUGCAGCAUGCCUCUACAUUUUCACACUUCUAAUAUCAGGACAUCAGUUUUAUGUUAAUAGUCGCUCAUCUUUAAGUAUGUGAGACAUUGAACAAGUAAAUGAAAAAAAUUAUCAAAUUUCUUCCAUUUUCUUGGUCCAAUCACCUGAAAGAAAUAUGUAGCCUCACAUUUUAAAUUUUGAAAUCCAGGUGAACCACACAAGUAUUUCUGUAAAAGUAAGUUUGGUAUAAGUAAUGCGUACUUAGUGAAGUUUCAUAAUUUAUUCAUUUUGAGUAACAAUGCUCAAUUAUCUUUUAAAACUAAGGUGGUAACAGGCAUUACAGUUUUUUCAUUUUGAAUAUAUCAGUAUUAGCCAUGGUGUAAUUGUUUCCCAAAUGCUUACAAGAAGUCAUAUCUAAAUAGGUUAAUGAUGAUAGUGAGGUUUUGUUUUUCAAAGGUUGAAAGUUUCAAAGAUUUCAUUGUAAAUGUGUAUUAUAGAUCAUUAUUAUAGCGGUAAAAUAAUCUAAGUUUAUAUGAAAAUUGUGUGUUGAUACUGUACGUAAUAGGACAGUUGCAUUUGCUGUAAAAGUAUAUACUUCACUAUUUUCUUUCUCUCUCUCUCUCUCUCUCUCUCUCUCUCUCUCUCUCUCUCUCUUUAUUUUUUUACAAAGAGUUUUCAUUAUAAACUGUUGAUAAUUUUGCAGUUGAAAACAAAAUGCACAAUUCAGUGGAUAUAGGGCAUUUUAUGAUUAUUAGUAUUUCAGUAUUGAAAAUGUGCAGAAUUAAUUAUUUCCACUGUUGCAUUUUUAUGCAGAUAGAAAUACUGUUUUAGUUCUGUGUGAUAGUUUAAUUUUAUAACUAGAACACUCUACUCUGUGUAUUUAUAAGAUUUGCUGCUGAAUAAUUACAUUCCUGUAUUUGGAAGAUGAGAGAACUUUAUCUUAAGGAUGCUGGUAACUUUUUACAACCAGACAACAGGAAAUUGUCAUUUUUCUCACAACCAUGAUGUAAAUACUUCCUUGUGUAAAUAAAGCUUUGUUUGUGAAACAGUCA